AUGUCUGUUCCUACGAUCAACUUUGCAACCCUACAACCUGCCAUUGUAUGGAAGGUGAAUGCGGGGGCCGCGCAUCUUGUUGGACCUCGCCAAAGUGGCUCGACAUUGAUCCAUUUUGAAACCCCUAGCGGGACAAUCGAGACCGUGCCAGGAUUUGAACCCCAGUUCUCAGCCAAAGUAAUCUUUGGUGCCGACUGGCUUGAAUUUGAUCCUGACAAGAAGCAUGCGCGCAUCAACAUGAAAGCUGUUGCCACGACCGAGGACGGGAAGGACAUUAGUUUCGGAUACGAAGGCAUCAUCGAAUUGAAUGAGGCAGUGAUGAAGAUUUUCAACAUGGAGGCAGAUUCUGUCAGUGUUCCAUUCGGGUUCAGCAAGGAAAAAGCGGGAUCCCAUAAAUUUCAUAGCGGUGACCCAGCCCUUGAAGAGCUGCAGAACAUGACCCUGGUGGGCAAUGGACGUAUGUUGGUAGAUGAGGACACGCGGGUCAUUACGGUGGAAUCUCGUAUCUCACGCGUCAUUCCUGCCACCGGGUUUGAUUAA